AAUGUACAAGAAUUUUAUGUGUACUUGUUUUCCAAAAAAUAUCAGGUCUGUCUGGACUACUGGAAUGUCUUGGUUGCAGAGUUGUUUGAGCCACACCAUGGUUUGGAGAACCCGGCAGCAACAGCAGCAAGCAUGAUUGGACUUCAGGUGCCUGGUAUGGUUGAUGGCAUUGGUUCACAACUUCUUCAGCGCCGGCAACUUUAUACUGGUCCCAUGUCAAAGUUGAGAAUGCUUAUGAUCUGUCGUAUGGCGAAACCAGAGGAGGUUCUCAUAGUUGAAGAUGAAAAUGGGAAUAUAGUGCGAGAAACAAUGAAGGACAAUGCUGUUCUUGUCCAAUACAAGAUUAUGAGGGAGACUCUUAUUUACUUGUCACAUCUUGACCAUGAUGAUACUGAAAAGCAGAUGUUGAGGAAGUUAAGUAAACAACUUAGUGGUGAGGACUGGACGUGGAACAAUUUGAACACAUUGUGCUGGGCUAUAGGAUCUAUAUCUGGUUCCAUGAUGGAAGAGCAGGAAAACAGAUUUUUGGUUAUGGUCAUUCGUGAUUUACUAAACCUAUGUGAAAUCACAAAAGGAAAGGAUAACAAAGCUGUUAUUGCUAGUAAUAUCAUGUAUGUUGUGGGGCAGUAUCCACGGUUUUUAAGAGCUCACUGGAAGUUUCUUAAAACUGUUGUUAAUAAGUUGUUUGAGUUUAUGCAUGAGACACAUCCUGGAGUUCAGGAUAUGGCCUGCGAUACAUUUUUGAAAAUAGUUCAGAAGUGCAAGCGUAAAUUUGUUAUCACCCAGGUUGGAGAAAAUGGGCCCUUUGUUUUUGAACUUCUUACUACUCUUCCAAAUACAAUUGUGGAUCUUGAACCCCAUCAAAUACACUCGUUCUAUGAAUCGGUUGGUUACAUGAUUCAAGCGGAGACUGAUGUUCAGAAGAGAGAUGAAUAUCUUCAAAAGUUGAUGGUUCUGCCGAAUCAGGUUAUCUGUUUAAUUAAGAAGCCACGUUAUUUCCUGUAC